GUGACAUUGGAAGAAAAGUCUGCAGAGGAACUCCAACUGAACAACCAAGAAAACCUGAAUAAUUUUUAAUAUCAUAUUUUUCUCAUCAUCUCCGACUCCUUGAAGCGACAACAGCGCUGCUUCAGCUCGUCUCUCCUCUUCGCGCUCAGUGAUUGGUCCAGAGCUGAUAGCGCCACAGAGCUGAACAUCAGCCUCUUUACAAAGCGCUUACGCCGCUCCUCUCAGAGCGACGGGCGCUGAGCGGCGGCGUUGAUGCAAACGGAUCAACAUCUGUUGCGGUCCGUCUCCCUUCUGGACACACCGUUCACUGAGAAGACGCGUGGCUGAUGAAGGUUGAUAACGAGGAUGCCAUUACUUGUCCAUUCACCUGGCUCUUUCUCCGUCUUCCACCACCUAACGUGGAUAAACCUUUGAAGAGUAUUUGCAAGUUUUCAGCCCUGUAAAACAUUGGCUUUGAGCACUGUGGAUGCAUGACCUGUGCAGCAACGGAAAUAAAGAGGAGGAGAAGAAAAAACUGAGAUGAGCCCAACUGACGAUUGGCAGGAGCUAUAUCCCCUCAACUUUUUGUCUGAGGGCCACUAAACAUAAAAUACACCUCUUUCCCAUUCUGAGACCCUCACAGGACUUCCAAAGUAUCCCUCAGAGGGCUGAUGCCAGUGUUGCUUAAUGCCGACGCCUCCUUUAGCUCCAGGCAGGAGCUCCUGGACCUUCAGGACUGUCCCCUCAAUGGGGGCCGCUCUUUGGACACCCCUAGUCCCGUGGACUCCCAGACAGGAAGCCCUCUAGGGUCUGGUCCUAGAAGCCCUGGCGGGUCAGGAGCUGAUGACCUCGCUGGAGCCCUUAUUUUCACAAGGGCUUCGAUGCUGCCGGGGCAGUUAUAUGGAGAGAGCAGUCAGCCUGAUACAGAGGUUCCUUUGGGGGUGACACUAAAGCCCAAUGACUCUGAUCAACUCUGCGGUUGGGGGGCUCUGAAGCCUAACAUCAUCCAAGUGUUCAACACCCCUCGUUGGGUGCUGUUUUUUCUUUGUGUGGCCUCUUUUCUCCAGGGAAUGAUAGUCAACGGCUUGAUCAACACGGUGGUGACCACCAUCGAGCGACGCUUUGACCUGCCCAGCUACCAGGCCGGUCUCAUUGCCAGCUCCUAUGACAUUGCUGCCUGUGUCUGUCUGGCCUUUGUCAGUUACUUCGGUGGUACUGGACACAAGCCCCGCUGGCUGGGAUGGGGCGUACUCAUUAUGGCGCUGGGUUCCUUGGUGUUCACCUUGCCUCAUUUCACUGCUCCUCCCUACUUGGUCAGUUUGCAGGAGCAAAUAGGAAUGUGUUCUGCUAACAGUACCAGCCCGUGCCAGAACAAGGAGGGAGGAGGACUGUCGAGUUAUCGUUUUGUGUUCAUGCUGGGACAGUUCCUGCACGGUAUCGGCGCCACACCUCUGUACACGUUAGGGGUCACGUACCUGGAUGAGAAUGUCAGCUCCAGCUAUGGACCUGUUUACAUGGGGAUCUUCUACACAGCAGCUAUUGUGGGACCUGCUGCAGGCUACCUGCUGGGAGGUUACUUCCUCACAAUCUACACAGAGAUUCAUCUGGAAACAGCGAUGACGCCAGAAAACCCACACUGGGUUGGGGCUUGGUGGAUUGGCUUCGUAGCAGGAGGAGCAGCUGCUCUACUGGUCGCUUUCCCCAUCCUUGGAUACCCACAACAACUGCCAGGCUCCCAGGAGCAUGUGGCGGGGCGCGUGUCUGAGGCCCACCAGCUGAAAGAUGGAAGCCACAAUACAGCCUCUGACCCUCAGUUUGGAAAAUCAGUCAAAGACAUGCCAAGAUCUGUGCUGCUUCUCUUGAAGAACCCUACGUUCCUCUUCCUGUGUUUGGCGGGAGCCACUGAUGCCACGCUCAUCGCAGGCAUGUCCACCUUUGGUCCAAAGUUCUUGGAGUCCCAGUUCAGUCUCAGUGCGUCUGAAGCUGCCACCUUGUUCGGAUACAUGGUGGUACCAGCAGGGGGCGGUGGCACUUUUUUAGGCGGCUACAUCGUGAAGAGGCUGAACCUGCGUUGUCGAGGCAUCAUACGCUUCUGCAUGAUGUGUGCUCUGGUCAGUCUGCUCGCCAUCUUCAUCUUCCUCGUCCACUGUCCCAAUGUGCCCAUGGCUGGGGUCACGGCCCCUUAUCAGUUGGGGCUGAUGGGGAAGGACCAGCUGGACCACUACAAACAUCUGUAUGACAAACCCAAGAAACCGCGACUCAGAAACAUGUCUUCACUGGACAUGAACCUCACAGUGAGUUGUAAUGCAGCUUGUAACUGUGCCAGAGAAAUGUACCACCCAGUGUGCGGGGCGGACGGGGUGAUGUAUUACUCCCCGUGCCACGCCGGCUGCACCGCCAUCAACCACACAGAACCGUCCACAGGCAGACAGGUGUACUCUGGGUGUGGCUGUGUGGUGGGGAACAUAUCAUGGGGUGAGGAGGGCUUCGCUCUGACAGGGAAGUGCAGCAGCUCCUGCCACCACAUGCCAGUCUUCCUCUCCUUGUUCUUCGUCAUCAUCUGUUUCACCUUUCUCUGUAGCAUCCCAGCUCUCACUGCCACUCUCAGGUGUGUACCAGAUAGCCAGAAAUCUUUUGCUCUCGGCAUCCAGUGGAUAGUGGUGCGCACUCUUGGCAGUAUUCCAGGACCGAUUGCAUUUGGCUCAGUGAUUGAUAUUUCCUGCAUAUUGUGGCAAGACCAGUGUGGCGAUCAAGGCUCCUGCUACAUCUACCACAACUCAGCCAUGAGUCAGUACACUCUUGUCGCUGGAAUCAUCUUCAAGCUUUUGGGUACCAUCUUUUUCCUUGUAGCCAGCAUUCUCUACCAGCCACCUCCAGAGUCUCCUCAAACCAGCUGCGAGAGCACAGACCAGGGAACGGAGCACCCAAGCGACCUGCCAAUCAAAGAUCUGCCAGAAGAUGGCGUCAUUAUCAACCUGCAUGCCAGGUUAUGACAUCUUGGACCCUCCAUUCCAAAUACAGAAUCUCUUUGUGUAUUAAAAAAAAAUACCCAGGAUGCCUUCAUGCACAAAUGCACACAUACACCCAGAGAGGGUGUGUAGCACUUCUAACAUGCUGCUCUUUUAGAAUGAAGUCGUGCUUUGACUGCAUGUGUUUCUGACAUGUAUGUUUGAUUGACUCAGCAAAAGCCUCACAAAGUUAUUUUUCCCAACUUUUCAUCUCUAAAAAUAACUCUGAUCUGUUCAGUUAAAUGAUGGUGUGUGUCUCAUCUAGACUAUGUCCAUCUUGACACCAUCGAUCAAAGAUCAAUUAGAUUCCUCACAGAACCAUUUUAUGGUUUUGAAAGAGUUUUAAAAAAAGGAAUCUCCCAUUCAUCAGUUGUUUUACCGUGACUGACUGGAAGAUAUGAUUGGUUUUCUAAGAACAGAUAAAGCCAUGUUUUAAGAUGCUGUUAGAAACCUCAAGGCCAGUGAAAAUGUAGCCAAAUAUUCUUCUUCUCACAAGAAGUAAAGCAGAGUACUGAACGAUCAGAGAGUAUUGAGCCACUAUCAUGCUUUCAACAUUUUAAUGCAAAAUUCAUACUCUUAUCAUUUUCCUAGUUGGCAUACACAAAAUGUCCCUUUUGAAGGCUGCUAGGCAGUUUUUCCUAAAACAAACAAACAAACAAAAAACCACACAUUAGCCCGUAGUGUGUAAUCUUUGAAAUGUCUCUAGAAACUGUGCACAUUUGGAUAUUGACAACUGAUUCCAGUCUUCCUGACAGAUUCUGCCACACUCUGAUUGAGCUGGUUUGUAACAUGACAUUCUGUUGAUGAUCUGUUAUGUUUAACUCUGAACUUUUAAUGGACUCUUACUACUCAGGGGCAUUCUUGGACAUGCCUUGUCUCCAGCUUUGUCUUGACUGUACACUCUGUUGGGGGCUCGACACAAAGGAGAUGACAUCGCUCCCUCUCCGUUCAUCUCCUAUGGAGCUUAGGGCACCACUGACCAGCCUUUCUCCUGGCAGGUUAAUGGCAAGAUUUGCUCAUGGGAAAUUUUAAGCUCAUACGUACAUGUGAACCUGCACACAUGACACAAGAAAGAUAAUAAUGUUCAGCUUUUCUUGCAGUCAUCGCUACCGUGUGUCGUGUCAUGUGUUUUGCCACAAAACUUUUGUCUUUCGCUGUCGUUCGUCACUCCUCGUGUGUCGAGCCAUUACAGUGUCUCUUGUCCCCUUUUAUACUCAUAGUCUGAAGUAGUUUAGCUUCAAGAAUCUUUACGAAUGAUUAUGACAAUUCUGCCCUCUGCUAUGAGCUCCGUGUCCCAAAGGAACCCCAGAGCAAACGUCUACCAUUGCCUUGCUUCAUUCUUGGGAUGAUGAUUGCAAGGAACAUUUGUUGGAUAGGAUCCAUCAGAAGCAAUUGAUGUGUUGUUGGUGCAAAUCAAGGAUCUGAGCUUUCCAUGCUCUUAGGGUGCCUUCAGGGAGAACAGAGAAUUUCAAGGAUGUGAAAAUUCAACUAGAUUGUGGAUGGAGACCAUCCACAAUCUCUAAAAUGUAUUAAAAACACAGUUUGCUCCCCGUUAUGCCUGGUAGAGUGUGAGUGUUUUCUAAUUGUAUUGAGAAUGCAUAAAACAUUUGAAUCAAAGGAGCCUGAGUGGUGGAGUGUAAAACAGCUGUGGGAGCGCUGCCAUGUUGGUCUCAUUCAGACUCCAACCUCAUCACAAUGGUAGUGUUACUACAUUAUCUUUUAGCACUUAGCUUAAUGCUAACAGCACAGUUCUACAAAGUCUCUGCUAUUGUGAAGGCUGUAUCAGUGGCUUGAUUGACUUCACUGAAGGACAUUUUCCAAAUUUGCCUUGAUCAAGCCACACUCUAAUGGGUCAUGUUGUUCUUGGAGAGCACAGCCGGGUCUUCCUCCAGUGGGAAGGUUUCUGGAAAUCUCCAAACAGGCUGCCAUGUGCCUUUUUAUUCAGUGUGGCUUCAGUCAAACGUUUGCACCAGUCAGUCUCUCACAAAAAAUUCUGCUGGUGUAGUUGUGAGCGAUUUUCUUUUUCAGUCUUUGCACUUACGCCUUCGGAAAUAUUGCUUGUAUCAUUAUGGAGAGAAGAGAAUUUGGUAGUUUGGGAUGUGACGGCUUGCUUUUUUGUCCUGAUUGGCUGUGGGGUUUCCGAAACCAUCCCUCCAUGUCAGGCUUUGAGUUUCUUUGCUUCAGUUAAUCUGCGAAAUCUGCUCAAGAGGUCUUUCUUUUUGAUAGCAAAUAUAUGAUGAUGUGCACAUCGAUUAUCAUCACAGGUGAAUAGCACAAACAAACAAACAAACGCAUUUUCACCUUGAGAAGCACAUGAAUACUUUUGAAAGCAACUGUACAAGAGACUUUGGAUUCAAAGGUAGUGAUAUUUUAGCUUCUGCUGAUGCGGAAUUAUGACGACAUAAAAGUGAACAUGACUGUUCACACUGCAGACGCUUUAAAAACAAUCGGGUUUGUAUCCGAUUUAAUUCCACAUAGGGAAGAGGCACAAGAAGAUUUUUUUCAAAAAGUCGGACAAAAGUCGCAUCUGGGCGAAACAAGCCGAUUCGAUCACCUUUGCCUGUUGUGUGAACGUAACCUAUGUUGCUCUCUUUACCAGCUGACAGUGGUUUUAGUGCAAUCUUAUUUUAAAAAUGAUUGUUCAACUGUGUGUUGAGAAAUGCCAACAGCAAAUAGACGGAUUUAAACAAGAAAUUCAAACAAAUAUUAAUCAAACUUCACUAGAAAUUCAUGAAUUAGUUUCAAACAUCAAAUUGAUAUUUUGUAACAAUAGCUUAUUAUGGUCAGGUAAUAAAUGUUACAAUAUAUGUGAUUUAGCAAUGAACACCAUGCCUCAAAACAUAUAUGAAUAGCCUUGCCAAGGCUGGAUGGAAAUACCUAAAUAUCUCUAAGGUUUUAUUCUUCAGGCUGCAAACAUUUGGAAUUACCUGCAGCCUGACAAGCUUUGCAUAAUUCUAUGAAUUUAAGAGCUCUGUAUGUGUUUAUGAUAGAUAUGGGAUGUUAAAACCACACCUCUGGCUAAAAGAUGGGAACGUUCUGAGAUUAAUUUAAUUUGACAAUGUCCCACUAGAUGACACUCUUUACCCUGUACUAAUAAUGUUUCUUUGAUGGAUCUGAUGAGAAUAAACUCAAAAUCUAACAGGAAUAUUAACAUGCUGGUCGACGUUAUAUAAAAUAAAAUGAAAACAUGCAUAUAUAUAUUUUUAAAAACGGUUAUCUACAACUGAUUUACUUUCAAUAAACUGUAUUUAUUUAGACGUAGGAAAAAAAUUGACAUAUUUUUUAAUCUAGCCUUAGCUUGUUGGUUCUGUAGCAAGAUAAAGAUUUUUAUGGGCAACAAAUGAAAUAAAAAUUUAAUAUUUUCUGAACCCAAAUUAGUAAAUAUUCCGAUUCCUAUGACUUUCUAAAGAAUUGUGUUUAGCCAAACAUAAGACAACAUCUGAUAAUAGAACAUCUUCACAAUAUUUCUAAACCCCAGCUUGGACAUUCAGCACGGUAAAGUUGCAAGCGAUUCAUUAAAAGUUAUCCGCAGCAAACUUCUAACCUCUUAUGAAACAUUUGCACUUCAGUACUUGACCCCAAAUGGAAUGAUGGGAUUUUGCUUCAGUGUUUGGCUGUUUAGUUAUUUAGGAUGACACAGCUUUGCUCAUUUCAAAACUCAAAAGCAUUGCUCUUCAGCAGGAGAUUCAGUGAAACCAAAGUCAUUCAAAUAUAAUACCCAAACGGAGGCAGAUAGACACAUGAAAAUCCAGUUUAAGUAAUCCCAAGAUAUCCAUCUUUUAGUUCAUAAUGGAAAUUGUUUUGUGUGGGCCUUGCAUCUUGACUGAAUGAUGUGUUCAACCUGAAUGAGACGGGGCACAUUGGUAACAUACAGUAAAUUCUACAGUGCAUUUUACGUUUGGACCUAAUUGUUUCAGUACUGUAACUCUCCAAUCGUGCCAAAGCAGCUUUGCAAAUUAACUGUUCUUUAUUUUGUAUCGACAUAUGUAUGCAAAUAAUUUAUUUAUGAUAUUUUGCACUUAAAUUUUUUAAUCAGCGGUGUAAUUUUAAAAGUACUGAUGCUCUUUGCUGUCAUUCUCCUGUUUGUGAUGUAGGGUCCCUCCCACUGUGCUGAUCUGUGUUGUUACUGUGUUCGAUCCUCAUGUUAUGAGUGACCUUGACAACCUUCAACUGAUGGCGAACAAUUAUUUUCACCUGUAUCUGUAAAUCGUUUUUACCUGUGCUUUUCUCUGUCUGCUAGCUCAGAAUAUCAAAUGUAUAAAACCCUUUUGUUAAACUGCACAUUAAUUUGUUUUUGUGGAGUAUGUUGUUUUUCAUGGAAGCUGUGAAUUUUUUUAUUAUUAUUUUUUUUUUAUUAUUGAAUGACUCAAAAAUGUGAAAUGUUUUUACAAUUACAAAAUUUGAACAGCA